ACAUAGCAACCUUAUGCGCAGCAGUUAGACUAAACUAGAAAACGGAUUUUAAGAUUAAAACUAAGUGGAAAACGACGAUAAGUGGUGUAGACAACACAAACGAGCGGAUUAGUGGCAUUUAUGAGAGGAGCAUUUAGCCCUGCAGACACUGAUCCACAGCACCGGGAGGCAAGAUGCCAGUUCAGAUACCGGACGACACCGAUUUCUUAUCUUUCCGAGAACAAUGUGAAAGUCAGGAUGGCUGGGUCGCCCGUUAUAACAAAGGAGUAGUGACGGUGUGGUGUAGAGACGAGGAGUGCAAAACUGUGCAGAAACUCAAGAUGAGAAUCGUGUGCAAGGACGUGACAGCAGAGACUCUCUACGACGUCUUGCACGACACAAGCUACCGGAAAAAAUGGGACUCCAACAUGAUCGACACUUUCGAUAUUGGAAGACUGACAGCCAAUGCAGACGUAGGAUAUUAUUCCUGGAAAUGUCCAAGUCCAUUGAAGAACAGAGACUUUGUCACCAUGCGGUCAUGGCUUCCUCUUGGCAAUGACUAUCUGAUAAUCAACUACUCUGUCAAACACCCGGAAUAUCCACCAAAGAAGGAUUAUGUCAGAGCUGUGUCGUUACUCACUGGGUACUUGAUCCAAUCCAACGGAGCAAACUGCUGUACUCUUUAUUACUUGACGCAGGUGGAUCCACGAGGAUCUUUACCCAAGUGGGUAGUGAACAGAGUCUCACAGUUUGUGGCACCAAAGGCCAUGAAAAAGAUUUACAAAGCCUGCCUAAAGUACCCAGAGUGGAAGCGGAAACACGACCCGAAUCUGAAGCCGUGGAGGUACCCGGAGCAGAACACGCUGCCCUGCAUCAGUGUAGCUGACCUGACGGUGCAGAGAGCAGAUUCACUGGAGAACAUCGAUGAGAGCUGUGUGAAUGAGGAGAAGGCCCAGCACCACAGUGAUGAUGAUGAGACCUAAGAUAACUCACAGUGACUCUCCUUGUGUUCUGUGUGCAUGUGAAAGUGAGUGUGUCUCAUUCUCAGAUGAGGAUGGUUCCCUUACAUUUACUCUAUAAAUCAUACACUCAUAACAAUAUAGUGUUUUGCAGAGAUUUAAAGACCUCCAUUCUAUGUCCACACAUUGAAGAAGAGUCUGGUUGAAUUAGACAUGUUUAAAACUUUUUAUAGUGUAUGAUGAACUCAUUCAGUAUAAAACGUCUUACACAGUACAUACUCCGGAAGUGUAGCUUUAUUACUCUAAGUUUCAGCUCACAAUAUGAAUGUCAUUUUAUUAGCCUACUUAUACACUUAAAAAUAAAGGUUCUUUAUUGGCAUCUGUGGUUCAUUGAAGAACCUUUAACAUCCAUGAAACGCUUCCAUUCCAGAAAUGGUUCACUAUAGUGUAAAAUGUUCUUUAGAUUACUAAAAUGUUCUUGGUUCAAA